AUGAGGGAGGAGCGUAGACAGGAGGCUCUGAGCAAGAUCAAGGAGGCAUCGAGAGUCAGCUAUGAUGGUCUGGAAGGGGACGCGUCCACUGCGAGGACGCAUGAGCGAAACGGAGCCAAGCUAACAGCGGGGGAGAGGAGGAGGAUGCUGAAGGAAGGGAACUUUGACCGUGAGGUGCUGAGGAGGACAAGGUAUGACAGAGAGUACCAGCAUGGUCGAGGGCUGGUAGAAGAGCAGGAGAUCCAGCGGAUCGUUGAGUUGCACGGAUCGGUCCUGCAGAGCAAGCACAUGGAGGAGGAGAAUCAGCGGGAGAUCGAGAGGCUGAAUGCUCCUGAGCUUGACCCGGCGUUCGGCUCGAGGUACCGAGGGAGGCCGACAGCGGAAGACGAAGAAAGGCUCGGGCUGCUAUCUAUGAUGGAGGUGAAUGGGCAAGCGAGGAGCAAGGAGGCGAUAGACGAGGUAGAAUGGAGGGUUCCAUGGGCGAUGCUUACCGCCUGCCAGCUGCGCAAGGUCUGCUUCCGAGCCAACUCGCAAGUGUCGAUGGAGAACAGGAAGACUGCCGAGAAAGCGCGAAGUCUCCUCCUUGGAACCUCCCUGGUCUGCAAGAUGAGUCCUGAGGAGCUCCGGGAGGUCUCCAUGGAUCAAGAAUUUCACGUGGCUGUCGAGCGGAAGGAGCAGGGGCUGCUGUGGACAGAGAGACAGCGGAUGGGGACGGAGCUGCCGUAA